UAUGAUUAAUGUAACAAUAUUUGGUUUGUAACAAAAUUAGAUUUUAAAAAAUGAUUGGUUGAUAUAUGAAAGUGAUGUGUGAUGCUUACACGCCGGCUGGGAAUCCAAUUCCAACCAACAAGAAGUACAACGCUGCUAAGAUCUUCAGCAACUCCAAAGUUGUCUCUGAGGAGCCUUGGUAUGGGAUUGAGGAAGAAUACACAUUGAUGCAAAAGGGUGUGAACUGGCCUAUUGGGACCAUACUACUGUGGUGUGGGAGCUGACAAAGCAAUUGGUCGUGACAUCAUGGAUGCACACUACAAGGCCUGUCUUUACGCAGGUAUUGGCAUCUCUGAUGUCAAUGGAGAAGUCACGCUUGGACAGUGGGAGUUCCAGGUCGGUCCGGUUGAGGGUAUUAGUACUGGUGAUCAAGUCUGGGUCGCUAGAUACCUUCUCGAGAGGAUCACUGAGAUCUCUGGUGUAAAUGUCAGCUUCGACCCAAAACCAGUCCCGGGUGAUUGUGCAACUACAGCAUGAAGUCGAUGAGGAACAACGGAGGAUUAGCAGUGAUAAAGAACACGAUAGAGAAGCUUCAGGUGAAGCACAAGGAGAACAUUGCUGCGUACGGUGAAGGCAACGAGUGUCGUCGCACGGGGAAGCACGAGACCGCAUACAUCAACAUGUUUUCUUGGGGAGUGGCGAACCGUGGAGCUUCGGUGAGGGUGGAACAAUGGAGGAUUAGCAGUGAUAAAUAACACGAUAGAAAAGCUUCAGGUGAAGCACAAGGAGAACAUUGCUGCGUACGGUGAAGGCAACGAGCGUCAUCUCACGGGGAAGCACGAGACCACAUACAUCAACACGUUUUCUUGGGGAGUGGCGAACCGUGGAGCUUCGGUGAGAGUGGA